AUGUCGCUCUUCACAUCCCUUCCACCUCUACCGCCCUUCCUUUUCUCGGCUCUGGUAGUUAGUGGUCUUGCUUCAAAGGCCCUUCACAUUGGCCUCCACUUUCACUCAAUACCUUUCCUCUACCUCGUACUAUUCUCACCUACUCUCAUUUUACCUGACCUACUCGUCAUUACUUUCGUGCGCGCAUUGCUACAGUAUCCUACCCCCGAGACCCGGUUACAAUGGCUAUCAACAUGUAUAGGAGGAUUGAUUUCUCUGACCACAUGGGGUGCUGCAGCCAUUCAGUUUGGCUUCUUCAUGCAGACCGGUGCAGAGGUCGCCUGGGCUGCCAGUAGUAGCUUUGUCAGCGAUCCCGCUGCCAUGAAGAUCUUGCUGAGUGGCAUCUCUACUGUUUUUGCUGCAGCUACAGCACUGGCUAUCAUUGCUUGGUUGAUUCACUCGAAACUUUACGCGCUGACCGAUCUUGGGUUGCAGGCAAUCCGAGGCGUGCUCAUAGGGGUAGUGAGAGCACGACGUAAUGUGCUAUUGCUAUCAACACCAAAGGUAGCUUGGAAGGCUUCAGUUUCAUCAAUCACUGCUCGAUCUAUCCGCACUUUCGGGUUCGUCUUCGCCGCUCUCACCUCAUUAUUGAUUUUGGAAAUUACUCGACCAGCUAUCCCGUACGAACACCUUUCAGGAGCAUUGCCUCUGACCCUACUUGAUGCUUUCGGUAAAAAGUCAAAUACCCUUCCUGGUUGUCGCAACCCUGCAUUGAGAUUCCCACUGUGGAGAGAGAAGCAUCCAGAACCCGAGCAGUGGUCACGGGCAACCUGGCUCCCUGAGGAUGCUCCGCCAGGGUUUAGCCGGUGGGAUAUGAACCCCGAGCAGCGCAUAGAGAAGGAUCAUGAAAGUCAGGAGGAUAUUGCUUGGUCUUUGUGUCCUACUGGCGAUGAGAAUUUGGGCCUAUUUAACCCCAAGUCAGACCCGCUGAAGAUUUCCAAUCUGGGCGGUGAUAUCUACGAGCCUUUGCGCGAGGCAUUUGAAAAGCACUCCGUGGAGAUAGAUCAUGUUGUCUUGCUGACCCUCGAAAGCGGGCGCAAGGAACUGUUCCCUGUGCAGCAAGGAACUCCCCUUUUCGAUGCUCUCGCCAAUUCUCACUUAACCAAUGACAAGGAGGAUGCAAUUGAUAAACUGAUCGGCAUCACUCCUAUUGCACAGAUGUUGACUGGCGAGUAUUCGCUGAAUAGCAAGGGCGAGAAGGCCGACCUAAGCGGAGCAAACUGGCACGACUCAGCAGAGGAAGGCAUGGGAGGACUUAAUGUCCGCGGGGCCGUCACUGGCAGUUCGUUGACUUUCAAGAGUGUCUUGGGUAGUCACUGCGGUGUCCAUCCAUUGCCAGUGGAUCUUUUGGAGGAAACUGGGCUGGAGAUCUACCAGCCAUGCUUGCCACAGCUCUUCAAUCUAUUUAACAAGGUGAAGCCCAAUGAUAUCUCAGCUAACCAGUCUGAAGCUCUGCGCAACCCGUGGAAAUCCGUUUUCAUGCAGUCCAUUACCGACGAUUAUGAUCGCCAGAAUAUCUUGAACAGCAACAUGGGCUUCGAAAAUAUUGUCGUCAAGAACAACCUCACCUCUCGUCGGUCCAAGUACAGGGCCAAGGGCAGUGAGAUCAACUACUUUGGAUACGCUGAAACAGAAUUGAUGCCAUACAUCCGAGAUCUAUUCGACGAGGCCGCAAACAAUAAGACUCGCAUGUUCCUAUCUCACGUAACCAGCACCACCCAUCACCCCUGGAACACGCCAGACAAUUUCAAAAACCAACAGUACAUGGGCGAUCGGGGAAGCGUCAACCACAGGAACAUGAAUGACUAUCUCAACACGGUGCGAUUCGUCGAUAACUGGCUAGGCGACAUUAUGAAUAUGCUCGACGAAUCAGGAAUCGCUAAUCAAACUCUGGUUGUCAUUGUCGGCGAUCACGGCCAGGCAUUUGGUGAAGACAACGAAGAAUUGACAGGCACCUACGAGAAUGGUCAUAUCAGCAACUUCCGAGUUCCACUUCUGUUCAGACACCCGCGCAUGCCUCAUAUCGAUAUCCAAGCAAACGCAACAUCACUCUCAAUCAUUCCUACCAUUCUCGACAUGCUUGUUCAGUCUCAAUCUCUCGACUCCCGCGCUUCAGAAAUUGCCUCUGCUCUCCUCCCAGACUAUCAAGGUCAAUCUCUCAUCCGCCCCUUUGUCUCCUCCGUUACAGAAUCUCACGGCCAUCCUCAAAUUGAGGAUCCGGACUCUAAAGAUGAAAUGGAGGCCCGCGCCUUCUGGAGCCCGAAGAAAAAGCCGGGGAAACACCACGAAGCCUCUUACACGCGCCUUCAAUGGAACUUCGGCCUGGUUAACGCCGGUGGCUCCAUGAUUUCCGUGACUGCUGCUGGUACACCAUAUCGUCUUGUCCUCCCUAUCAAGGAGGGCUUCGAGUAUGUCUUUACUCACCUUGGCGAAGACCCUGGUGAGCUCCACCCAUUCAAGGCUUGGACGAUUUCCGAACUUCUUGAUGAAGUUGAGACUAAGUAUGAUGAGAAAGCCAUUGAAUGGCUCGAAGAUGCAGAGAAGGUUGGCAAGUGGUGGGUCAACGAGCAAAUCCGAGUAUGGGGAUACACGGAAAAAUAA